AUGGGUGGACGAAAUAUUAGUACAACAAAAAGUGGAAAAUUUAUGAAUCCAACAGAUCAAGCUCGAAAAGAAGCUCGAAAAAAAGAAUUAAAGAAAAAUAAGAAACAGCGUCUAUUAGUUCGACAAAAUGUUCUCAAAGGAAAAAAUCCAAAGAGUCUUGUUUCCGAAAUGGAACACCUUGAUCGAAUGGAAUAUGAUCCAGUUAAUCCUGCACCUUACAAUAUUAAAGUUUUACAAGAAAAACGUAAAAAAGUCAAAGAAACAUGGGAUCGAGUUUAUCGACUUUAUUCAAAAGAUCAACCUGAAUCAAUGGCACAAAUGGAUUCAUUGUUGGCUGAAUAUGAAAGAGGUCGCGCUCAACUUAUUACUUGGUUCGAAUCAGUCAAAGAAACACAACGGGUAACUCUUGAUGAGAUUCCCAUGCCAGAAUUACCAAGUGGAUCAAUAACAACAGCAACAACUGAAAUUAAUACCGUGCCAACAGGUUUCCAUGAUGCACCGCCGCGAAGUAUUCUCAAACAAAAAGAUUCCAAUGAACCAACACAACGUAUUUUAAUUUCAAGAAAGCCACCAGGUCCUCCACCUGGUCGACCACCAAUAUUGAGUGAUAAUGAAGAUAUUAGCGAUGAUGAAGAAGAAACACCGACAGCGACAAAACCGCCUCUGCCAAAUGAACGACGACGUAUCCGUUUUGCUGAUCCAUCAUCAUCAGCUCCAACAACGGGAAGCGUUAGUCGAUGGAGUGAUAAUAUUCCUAAUGAAGAAGCAGAAUUCGGUACACCAGUUGCUGCUUCUGAACCACCACAAUAUAAUACAGAACGACCUUUAAUUGUACCACCACCAUUUCCACCACCUCCUCGUGGAAUAAGAUUACCUCCACCACCACCUCCUGCAGCAUUCUUCGCUGCAAAUCCAGGUGUUCGAAUGCCUCCCAAUAUUCGAUCAUCGUUUCCUCCACAAUCCAAAUCAGCUCAUCAACAGCCACCCAAUGUAUUCAGUGCACCACCAAGUCUGAUUGCUAAACCAUCACAACCAUCGUCAACAAUGAAUCCACCUCCUCCACUAUCUAAACCCAGUAUGACAUUUGAAGCUAAACCUCAAAUAAGAGCACGUCAAGAUGUGACAAAAUUCGUUCCCACGGUACUAAAAGUUAAACGUGGUGGUACAGCAAGCAGUACUGGCGUUAAAACUACAGAUAAAAUGGGUGGAAUGCAAUCAUUAUCAUCAUCAUCAUCAUCUCGUUUUGACGAUCCACUCUCAAUGAAAGGAAGAAUGGGAAAUACAGGUGGAAUGAUAAAUCCGCAUUUGAUGAUGGCUGGACCUUCUACUGAUGAUGCCUACGAUACAUUUAUGAAGGAAAUUAAUCAAUUGAUUUAA